UCUGUCCUGUAUAUGGGGAUGUGUAAUAACGCUGCGAAGUCACCGAGACACACUGCAUCCGGCUGAGGGAAGACAGACCCGGGCGGUUCUGUGUUUUAUACAAAGAGAAACAAAGUCACCCUAUGUCUAUGGAUUUCCUAAAGUAGUGUCUCUCAGGUGUGAGGAGUUUCUCUGCAUCUGGGAGUCUCCAGAUACACCUGGCUGUGAUGUGCUAUUCGCAUGGCUGCUGCAACCGCAUCCAUUGCGUCUCCGCCUGCUUCGUUAGACCUGAACCAGCCAGGAUUCAAGAAAGAAAUUCUCGGGACCAAGCUAGAAGGGAAAUACCUCUGCUCCGACUGCAAGAAUAUCCUCCGCAGACCGUUCCAGGCCCAGUGCGGACAUAGGUACUGCGCACACUGCCUUAGGAAGAUCAUCAGUUCCGGACCGCAGAAGUGCGCUGCGUGUAUACAAGAAGGCAUAUUCGAGGACGGCAUCUCCAUUCUAGAAAGCAGCACAGCUUUCCCAGAUAAUGCAGCGCGCCGAGAGGUGGAGAGUCUUCCUUCUGUCUGCAACAACAGCGGCUGCACCUGGAGAGGGACAAUCAAGGAGUAUGAGGCCACCCAUGAAGGAAAAUGCCCAUUCAUGCUUGUGCCCUGUCCGGCGUGCAAAGCACUAAUCCGGCUGCACGAUAAAGACUGGCACAACGAGCGGGAGUGCCCAGAGAGGAAACUGAACUGCCGCUACUGCAAGAGCUCUUUCUACUUCCCCGAUAUAAAGGCCCAUGAUGAAAUCUGCCCCAAGUACCCAAUGACGUGUGAAGGGUGUGGGAAAAAGAAGAUUCCCAGAGAAAAGUUCCAGGAUCACGUGAAGACAUGUGGCCGCUGCAGAGUGCCGUGCCGCUACAUGCUCGCCGGCUGUAUGGAGAUGGUGGAGAACGAUAAGUUCUUAGAACAUGAAAGUAAAUUUCUGCCCGAUCAUUUGGCGAAGGUGUGGGAGUACCUUCAGUCGCUCCAGCCGCACACAAAGGAUGCCGCUGAAAUCACUCACCGCCUGGGAGCCAUGUCCGUGCAGGGCAAUUCGGUUCCUUACGGCAGCCUGGUCUCGCCAAUAGCAGCCGAGUCCACUAAGUUCUCAGAGGCGAUGAGGCAGUUUGAGACCCUGGACAAGAAGAGCACGGUUCUGGAAAACAUAGUCUGCGUCCUGAACAGAGAGCUGGAGCGAGCCAGCAUCGCCGCUGAGGAGGCUGCGAAGCAGCGGAGGUCAGACCAAGAGAAGAUUGAGACCAUGCACAACAAGGUGCGUCAGUUGGAGCGCACACUGGGCCAGAAGGAACUGCAGCUGGUAGAUUUGGACACGCGACUACAGGAAGCAGAACUUUCCACCUUUGAUGGAAUCUUUGUGUGGAAAAUUACAGAGUUUGCCAAGAGGCGACAGGAUGCCAUGAACGGACGCUGCCCGGCAAUGUUCUCUGCGCCUUUUUACACCAACAAGUACGGCUACAAGAUGUGUCUGCGGAUCUACCUGAAUGGAGACGGCACCGGGCGGGGGACUCACCUUUCCCUCUUCUUUGUGGUGAUGAAGGGGCCAAGUGAUGCUCUGCUGCGAUGGCCAUUUAACCAGAAAGUCACCCUGAUGUUGCUGGACCAGAACAAUCGAGAACACAUCAUAGACGCCUUCAGGCCUGACAUAACGUCCUCGUCUUUCCAGAGGCCAGUAGCCGAAAUGAAUAUAGCAAGCGGGUGCCCCCUGUUCUGUCCUCUCUCCAAGCUGGAUGGCAAAAAUUCUUAUAUCCGAGAAGAUACGAUCUUCAUCAAAGUGAUCGUGGACCUGACGGGGCUCUGACUACAAGAGGAAUCCACGGAAGCGACCGUGGCUCAUCAGGAGCCUGGCCUGCAGAACGCAGCCACCUAGGCAGACGUGUGGCCAGGGCACUGGUGCAAAGUCCAUACUGUGUGCUCGGCAAGCUUGGGGCAAGGUGCCUCAUUUUGCUGUCGCUGCGCCCGGCACAGGUUACUAUUCCCAAUUAUAGUCCACGUGGACAGUAACUCAAGCAAAAGUUGGGAAAACGUGAAAAACACAAAAAAAACAUGUUGACCUUUUAGUAACUGUUGUCCUAAUGCAUGUCGGCCGUAUGGUGACAACCUAUUGACUGUCUAACUUAGACAGUGUAGAUCUAUCAUGCGGAUACCCUAGGGAAGUUGUGUCCUCUGCAUUCUCGGGAAUUUAAGACUAAGUGGUCAACCCAAUUAGCCGUGAAGGGUGCGAUGCCGGCAACUGUGCGUGAUCUCGCACCCUUUCAGCCUGAACUUGCAAAAAAUUGCUCUUUGCCCCGCGGGGUUGCAAGCACUGUGUGGCCAGUUCUUAUGGCGGCCGCUGCCGCGAAGAUCUCGCAAGGAUAAUUUGAUUGACCCCAACUUGUGUCACUCACAUUCUAUUAGUUUUUUAUUUAUUUAUUUUUUUAUUUAAGGGGCAACUUGGGGCCAGGUCCGUCCAUAGCGUGUUUUUCUUUUAUAGGUCCAUCCUUAGGAUUUUUUUCUUUUAUCUUUAGUGAGAAAUUCUUGAUUUUUAUUGGAUUGAUCUUUCGUGGAGAAAGCAGAUUUGCUGGGGUUGCCUGGCAAGUUUCCGGUGGGCAGACCUAAGCAGAUAAAGUCGUUCUAUAUAGUUAGCCAUAGUCUUUCUCAGGUUGUCCUCAUGGUUCCAAUCUAAAGGUCUUCGGACACUUAUGGUCCCAAAUAACUGCAGCUUUGUCUUUCGCCCUGGCCACAAUGAAGGCUUGGCCGGGAGGCUGCUGCCCUCGCUCAUUACAUUGACCUGGGAUUUUCGUGCAGAAGGUCCUACACACAUUUCAUGUAGAUACGACCCCCAAAAACAGUCAUUAUUUUCCAGACUCAUUGGUUUGGUACCCUGAUUCUGCUCAUGUCUGUGUGACGGAGAAUCAUUUAUAGACUUAUAUUGAAGAGAGACUUCUUACUAGGUGUUUCCCCCCGUGAAUAAUGGCCAGAUCCCAGUAGCUCCCUGUGUUUUAGUCCCCACAUCUCAGUCACACUAGACCCAUCCACACAUCAUACAUGACCCCUUCCAUAAAUAGUCGCUAAAGUAUACCGAGAAUGCAGCGGACAAACGCCCUGAAACGUUCUAUUUGGCAUAGACCCCCCUCCCCGGUACAUAUUUUACCUCCAUUCUUCUAAAACGAUCCCUUUUUAGGAUUUCUGAGCAGCAAGCUCCUAACCAUUGUAUUUAGCUGACGUUCCGUACAUUACUGGCAGUUCAGUUAUUUCCAUUGCCCUAUUCUAUGUGAUCUGUUAGAGGAUAACAGGCCAAGAUUCAUCAACUGAAUAGUCGCCGCCGACUGAAAGGCGAGAGAGAUUCCAGACGCCGGAACUGUAAAAAGAAAUAGUUAUUCGGUGACCCUGCGGAUUUUGGCGAGCCUUUAUUCGAGGUGACCGGCCUGCGCCCCAAACUCUGGCGAUUUAAGCUUGCGUAACGAACAGGAAUGUGAAAGAAGGUUUAAGAAAAGUUGGCUGAGAACGAUUAUACUCUGUGACUGGUGGAAACAUUGAGGCUUCUCUAGAUGGCCAUUGAACCGUUUUUAUAGCUGGCAAGACGCAGGUUUAAUCUGAUGAGAGAGAGCCAGGGGCCACAACCAGUCCUUAAUUGACCCGUGUCCAUAGUGAACUAAUUGGACGAAUGGCCUAAAUCUGCGGUCAUCUUUCAAGAGCAUUAACUGCACGCUGGAUAAUGGUCUAUUGGAAUUCUUUUUGGGUAUCACCAUCUGUGCAGGGCGUUACCCUAAAUAAGCCUAGAACCAUACAAUAAUGAAAGGCAUGUAUAUGGGUGGGAAAAGUGUAAGGAAUUUGUGUAGGGUUCCGGUGAAAUGAUCUGGUUUUGUUUUAUGCUAUCCUGUAGACAGCAGUUGCUGAAUGUCAAGGCUAACGCCUCUAUUUAAUAACAUACUGGGGGCGGGAUAUAAAGCCGCCCGUAUUCGGCGGCCAAGCGGGAUGCUGACUUUUUUUAAAGGGGCAAUCACUUUUCAUUGAAUGCCCCAUUAAAAAAAGCAUCCCGCUUGGUCGCUGAACUCAGGGCGGCAUUACAUCCGGCCCUAUAUGUCCCGUAACCUAACAAAUGUUCUAUCAAUACGACUUCUUUGCUAACAGGCAAAGACGCCUAAAUCCUGUACUCUUUACAUUGUACUUAACUAUUUAUGAUACUUUGGUGGUCAAAGAUAACCAGCAGAAAAUAGGCGCAUCCAAUGCACUACGUUAAUGUCAUGAAGGCUUAAAUGUCAGCAUUGGUCUCCGAUUGUGCUGGCCGCUUGGCUUGCCCUACGACGGAGAAGUACGAGAAGGGGCGGGGCUCAAUUUGUCGGCGAGGUUUGCUUGCAAUUUGGGAACUGAGAAGUCGUGGAUGACUCGCUAGUGAGGAGGUGGUGGAAUUCUGCAGAACGUUUGGCUUGACUAUAGUGUAAAUUGUAACCAGGAUUUGGCCCUAGAACCGGAAAGGGAAAGCUAAUUGUUAGGUAAGCUGGAUUACUAUAUGACAGGGUUUCUAAAACCCGGGCCUUGCGGAACCCUGACAGUGCAUGUUUUCCAGAUUAUCUAGCUGGAGCUAAUGCGUGCUAAUUGACUAAUGCAAUAGAUCAACAGGAUACCUUGAAAACAUGCACUCUUAGGGUUCCAUGAGGUCAGUCUGACAAACGCUUCUUUAUAGUAAUUUAGUAAAUAGGGUAGUCUGCCUUUAAAAUGGGUUAGGUGAGUGGUUCCCAAACUUGGAGGGAGAUGUGUUAAGGGUCGUUAUGGGGGGGGAGUGGUAUCAGCGCAUGUUACUUGCGCUGAUAUCGCCCCCUCCCAAACAGUCCAGGUUUAAAGGAUAGCCACAGGUGGCUUAAUUGGUAUUUACGUCUUUUUUUAUUUAAUCGAUGGAACAAGUAUGGCUAUCCUUAGCACCUGGACUGCUAGGGGUGCCUUGAAGAUCGAGUUUGGGAACCACUGGGUUAGGCAAAGUUUAAGGACUACCUGGCAACAUUCUAUUCAACGACAAAGAACACGGUCUGCUGCUUUGACAUGUGGAUAAAUCAGCAUAUGAUUGUGCUGCGGCUGAGGUCUGGCGUUUACUCUGCAGUCACUGCACCGGCGCUCUGGCUGAAGCGAGUCUAGACUCCUCCCUAACCGGGGCGAGAAUUAGGACCGCGUAGAGCUGCGAGAGUGUUUAAAGUGCUGCUAAGAUGAAGUGGAUUCCAAUACUAGACCUAAGGCUGGGUAUACACUAUUCGAUAUAUCGUUCAUUCGAUUGAUGAACCCUAUAUCACUAGCGGGCCGGCGGGUCACCCGAUAGGUCUGUGAAUGACGUCGUUUACAGACAUAUCAGGCCAGCCCUGCAGCGCGGCUGAUGCCGAUAUCUUAUCCAGAUAUAUCGGUGCAUCUAGCCAUGUGUACGGCCGACCGCGCUAUAGGCCGCCACAACAGCCAUUGAAUAUGAUGUCACAAGUGGGUGGGCAUAUUCAAAUGACUCUGCUGCCGGACCUGUCAGGCUACAGAUUGGUGUGUAUGCACAAGAUUGUUUGUGGAACCAUUAACAGUGCAUGUUUUCCAGAUCACCUACCUGGAGCAUACACCUUACCUAUCGGUAGAUCGAUGGGCGGGGAGGCCAAUCUGUCAGCUAGAUGUGUACCCAGCCUUAGUUACCGACAGAUCUCAGCCUUAUUCCUUUUAUCUGGGUUGUUGAAGACUUGCCAGUGUUUGAAGCAUACCGCUUACACCCAGGAGGCAGCCAUUUUUGGGCUGAAUACCAGAGUAACGCUUGGUGCCUUAGUUCUAUGGGAACUAAUAAGCUGCAUGUGCACAAACAUGGCUGCCUCCGCCGUGUGUAAGUGAGGGAUACCAUAAUCCAAAUAAGACCUUUGUUAUAACAACUUAUAGACUUGUGGUAAUAUUAUAUAUGGACUUGCUAAUAUUGUGUACUGUACUGUUGCUAAAUAUCUAGAAAAAAGUGUUAAAAUGUUUUAUUAGUUCAAGGAUGGGGGGGGAUGCCUGUUGCCAGGCCAGAUCAUUGUCUGGAAACUGUUGAAUAUUUUAAAUGUUUUCCUUUUUAUGGGGUGACGCGUGAUUCUGGCAAAUCGAUGUUGAUCAUUGCCAGCCCUAUAACAGCGACCUACGGAGUGACAUUUUGGAAGGAGAGAUUAGAGCAAAUCCUGAGAGACUGGCACUGCCAGAGAGUGGCAGAAGACAUACAGGGGUGAUUUAUCCUCCCUCUGCUUCCAGAGAUACAGAGACGUGACACUUCACUUCCCUUCACUUUUUCGCACAGUUUGUGUUUUAAAUGGCUGGGACGUUGGCUGCCUGGUGGACGUGUAACCUAAUAUGGUCUAAGGAACCAGUCAUUUAAACAUGGAGGCUCUGUAUGCCAUGUGGACAGCUGCGUCCCCCAGGAAUGGGGGUCUUGGGACAUGUAGAAUAGACCAGCAAACCGCAUGUAGGGAUCAUUUCCUAGCAGAGCCAAAAUUACAUCGCAAUUUGUCCGCCAUAGAACUUUUAUAUACAGUUUUGUUUAACGUUUGUAAUAUGUGUUUAUUUUAAUUAUAUUUGUUUAUUACACUUUCUCUAUCGUCCUAGUGGAUGCUGGGGUUCCUGAAAGGACCAUGGGGAAUAGCGGCUCCGCAGGA